AUGGUGAAUUGCAACGCCUUUAGCAAAACCAUUUGCUCACUCUGCUACAAAGAUUUCGAUCCCAUUGUUGAGGAUCUCCAAGUCAUCUCCAUCUGCGGCCAUGUCUUCCACGAGCUCUGUCUGCAAGAGUGGUUCGGGUACUAUGCGAGCAAGAAGAAGUACAGUUGCCCGGUGUGCAAACAAAGUUGCAAGCCAAACGACGUCGCUCGGCUUUAUUUUCAAUGGGGUGAUUCGGGUCUCACUCAGAGGCCGGUUAUCGAACGCGAGGAAGAUUCCGAGGCGUUGCGUCAAGAGGUGAGAAGGUUGGAGGCCAUGGCGCUAGGGCAUGGUUCGGCUUUGGAGCGUAAGGAGAAGGAGGUCAAAGCGCUCAACCAGGAGCUUUAUCUAUCCAAGGAGCAGGUAAAAAAAGAAGUUGAAUUAAAGAAUGAAGCCUUGAAACAACAAAUAUCCAUGCAACAGCUGCUUCAUAUGAAAUCUAAGGAAUUUGAUAAAUUGACUAUGGAGUGCUUGAGGUUGCAAGAAAGAAAUAGAGCAUUGGACAAAGAGCUUGCAGCAGUUGAACUGGUAUCUGAUCUAGAUCUGGAUGAAGAGGACGUUUUAAAGAUUGCAGCUCUUGGUAAUGGAGCCGACAACAAAGACACAAUAGAUGUUCUAAGAACGUCCUUGGUGAUGUCUAAUAGGAAUUACAAAGAAUUGAUGGCCAAAUACAAUCUUCUUGAACAGAAAGAAGCUCGUCACAGCAAAAAGCUAGAGAAGGCUAGAGGAAAGAUAAAUAAAUUGAAGACGAAGGUACAAGAAUUGGAGACUGCUGUUGAAGUUAAGAAUACUGAAGUUUUGAGGGCUUUAAAAGCUUCAAAGAAAACUCGAGGUGGAGGAUUUAUUCAGCACGGUGUAAAUCAGGCAGCUUCUGAUAGAAAGAAAGAAACUUCAGUUCUUGGACUGAGCAAUCCGGUUGAGCAGUUGGGUUCAAUAACUGGUACUUGUGCGGAUAUUGCCAAGACUCCUGCUGCUGAUAUUGCUGAUGUUGUGAUUAUUGAUGACGAUGAACAAGUUCAACCCAUGAUGAACAUCAGAAACGAAUCUCCUAUCCCACAACCACUUCCCAGACCAGGGGAUGCAUGCUUUUCUGGUGGCUUGCUUGGUCCUGAUGGAACAAACAGGUAUUUAGGUAAAUGGUGCAAGCAGAAGCAUAAGAACAGAUCGGCAAUAGCACAAGAUCCAAGCUGUACAAGCUGACGGAAGAGGUGGUUUAACUAAAGUUCUGAGGUCUCUGAACCAAUUUACAGUGGAUGAAAAAGAAGAAUUCACCAGGGACAAAGAGAUGAAAGUACUGAGCUAAGACAAAUAGCUUGCAGUCCCAAGGGCGCGUGCAAAUAGAACACUUGGAAUUUGUUUCAUCAAUUGAAAAUGUAGUGUCUUGCACAAAGGUUCACCCAUCUUGUGCAUUAUGGGCCAGUUGCUGCUUCAAUUUUGCAGACAAACAUCUCUGGCAUUUUCGACGGUGAUUUUUUUUUCUUCUUUUCCUUGCUCUCUUCUUUGGUGGUCUUAGACUAGUUUUUUCUUCUACCACUUUGUUAUAACCCCUUAAAACACUUCAUCCCCGCACUCUGCUCUUCGAAAACCCCCUUGCCCUUUUUCGAACCGAGGUCUCAAAGUCCAUAGAGGGAAAUGCUGUAAAAUCUAGCUUCAUGCAUGAGUGAUGAUUAAGUUUCCAAUAUGUGUUGUGAUUGCAUAUACAAAUUAGGAAUGGGAGAGGCUUAUGGCA